UCAUUUUGUUGUUAGUUUUGGACUAAAUUCCUGAGUUUGAAUUUUAUAUAUUUGUUAAGUUUGCAGGUUAUUCAUUUGAGUUGGAGGGAUGAAUGGAGGGAGGAGAAACCGAUCAAGGAAAGGAGGUCCACGAUGGACACGGUCAUGUCCUCCAAAAACAACAGCUAUGUGGAUACCAGUUGUACCUUCGUGGGAGAAGGAGUUCUGCAAGCAUUCUGUCAGUCUUCCAUGGAAAGAAUUUUGUGAGGUAAAGAAAUACACAAAUUUGUUUCCAGAAAUAGAGAAUUGGAAUGAUUCGGCAGCAGAAGAGGCUUUUCAUCUUGCCAAGAGUAGGUAUUUUGCACAGAUUAAUGGUACUCCUUGCGACAUUCCAGAAGUUGAUCCUAAUGUAUACAUUGAUGUAGUUGAUUGGGACUCAGUUGAUUUCGGAGAUGUUGACCGGCUAGAGGGAUAUGGAUCUGAUUUAGAAAAUGAAGAGAAUUGUGACACUGGAAUGGAAAAUCUGCCAAAUUUAUAUCAAGAUAUAACCACUUCUGAAAAGGAGAGGUAUGAAGAGAAUAAAAGUCAAUGGAAGGAAAGGCCUUUUGGAUAUGGCCAUAUUUACAUUCCUAAAAUUGAGGAAACACGUACAGUGAUGUGUAAGGUUGUUGAUCUUUAUACUGCUGAACCUCAAUUACUUUAUCACUGGAAAGUAGACUUGUGGUCAGAAAGUUUCAGAAUGUCAAUGUUGCAUGCAGUCAAGAAUGAUUUUGGAGCUUCUGGUUGGGGUUCAGAGUUUGAGAAUGAGAAGGAAAUAAUAUGUCAUUGAAUUGUUAUUGUUUAUCUUUGUAAUUGCUAUCAAAA